UUCAUGGAAAGUUGGGCGACCCUGGCGCUGACAAACAAUUUGCACAGUGUACAGCGAACGGAAUGCCGCCGAUGGUGGUGCGCUGUAGCACGCUCCAGCCCGGAACCUUCAAGCGAUUAGCAGUCAUGGUCUGGCCGCGACGCAUGCUCACAAUGAAGCCAGCGUGAGAGUCUCCUCUUGCGCCUGCAAGCUAGACAAGAAAUUCGAGCAAGCAGACAAAGAAAAGCGCUGGAAUAGCGAGUGUGGUCACGGUUUGGAUCACCGGAAUCGAGAGGACGGGAGAGAUCCGUCACGGUGCAAAGCUUAAUUUGCUCCGCGACACUGCACCGUUGCUGCGCUUCCGCACGGUGAUAGGUAUUUUGCCCAUUAGGUCUGUUAGUCACCCUCGCUCGCCCUCCAGUUUGAUCGACACCGGCCCCGUUUCCACGCAAGAUGAAGCUGCAAGUUGUCAGCAAGCAGCAUGCCGAGUCGCUCGCUUCCUUCUCGGGCAUGCCCUUCGGGCAGAACGGCGCCGGUACGGCGCUCACAGCCGGCAGCGUCAUGACAGCGCCACCGGCUGACUUGCAGCUCGACCCAGACUCUUCCUCUAACAAUAUCAGUCUGGGAGCGAUCGUGAAAUUCCGUUCGAACCGGGGCAGUGCAAUGACCCAGGCCAAUGUGCAGGUACGCACCGCUUCUACCUCUCGUGUCGCAUCGACCCUUUCUGGGGCUACAGCCGUAACACGCGGUAAGCUCGGUGCAGCAACAGCUGGUCCCAAAGUCAUGGCCUCCCGCGCAACUGUCAGCUUCCCACAGCUGGCAAGUAGUGAAGCAUUUGUUGCGCGGUUAUGCUCGGACAUUGACGCGCUGUUAGGGGACUUUGAGCGCAAAUGGGCCACCGUCGUACAGGGAGAAGAGCAUGCCGAGCGCAUGGGAUUUACAGAGUGCUUUGAAGGUGUCUGGAUUCAGAAUGGCUGGAACUUUGCGCACGUUGCAGCUGGAGAAGAUCCUCUCACACGCAAGCGCUUCUUCGACGUCAUCACGCGGUCCUUCCUCGAGCGCGUGCACACGAUCCUAUCGUCUGAAAUUCGAACACAGGACCUGCUCUCUCAAUCCGACAUCCUUCAUGCUUCAGCCGCCUUCCUUGCUCUAUACAUCUUUUGGGCAACGUGCCCGCCGAGCAUAGACAGCACCAUCACUACGCUGCUUGAACCUCCCUCUUUAUCCGUUAGUUCGGGCCACGACCAAGAAUUAGAUGCUAACGUGGACGCACGGAUAUGGAAGGACAGAAUAGGACAAGGAUGGAAAAUCCAGAUCGAAGCGGACAUCUUGAGCGAGCUAGAACGAUUGCCACAGCUAGCUCGUGCGGUGGCUCCGCAUCGCACACGUCGAGGUCGGUUGGGUGAGGCCGCUGCUCAGCAACCUUUUAGCCCCAAGCGCGGACAGACACGCCAGCUAGAAUUCUCCCCCACAGCGGAGCUGCGUGCCGUUCUCGAUGUGAUGCGCGGAGGCGAUCCAAAGGUAGAUCGUGAUACGCAGCAGAAACGAACGGGCGCCUGGUACAUCUUGCCUCCCACGUCUUUUAGGACCCGCGUGCCCUCUCAUCUGCCCGACAAUAAGCUCUUGACGCAGGCACAGGCCGAUCGCGAAUCUAGGCAGUGGGCAACGCUUGUCGUUGACCGCGACGCUCGCCGUCAUGACAGCUUUAGUGCGACUGGAGGGCAACACCGCGAGAUACUUCCACGGUCUGACCAAGACGAAGAGCAUCGCGAGUCUCAGGAUGAGGCUCUUCUAUCCAACAAGCGACGCAGGAUAGGCAUGAUCACAGGCGGAACAGGCUCGAAUGUGAAAGGGCUUUCACGCUCAGAGCUCAUACGCGCAACGGUCGCCGAGCACCUAUUCAACUCGUCCUUCUGGCCGUCUGCGGGGCUGUCAUCGCCACUGUCGCCAGCGCCUGCUUGUGUCUCGCGCGUGGCCUUGGCCGGCGCGCCAGAGAUGGAGAAGCGUUUCAAAGGGGUGGGAAGCAUGCGCAUGCCAUCAACUGAGCCGAUGCUUGCUUCCUCCUUCCUAGAAUCGGCCGAGAGCUUGGUCCUUCGACCGGACGGCAUGGCAGAGCUUGCUAGGAGCAAACUUGGCCCCGAGAGAGCUUCUGGUGUCAAAGAUGUCAUGCUCUUUCUCGACAAGAUGCGAGAGGAGCAGCCUCAGAUUGCGACGACCCCAGCACCUCACGGGCUUGAGGAAGAUGGCAUAAGCGCCUUCUUGCAGGCGGCGCGGCGCGUGUACAAUGAUGAAUGAUAUACAGUCCUCAUCCGUGUCGUGAAUCUAUGAUACAAAAUGCAUUCAG